GUCCGGCCGCCGCCGCCGCCGCCGCCGCCCGGGGGGUUGGUUGAGGCGGACGGUGCGGGCCCAUCCUCGGUGUGGUAUCCCCGCUGCACGGAAGGGGGAAGCCGGCAGUCAGAAAAUGGGAAAGAAGAGUCGAGUGAAAACUCAGAAAUCAGGUCCUGGUGCAACAGCAGCUGCGUCACCCAAGGAGAUCUUGAACCUGACCAGCGAGUUGCUGCAGAAGUGCAGCAGUCCUGCUCCUAGCCCUGGGAAGGAAUGGGAAGAGUACGUGCAGAUCCGGGCACUGGUGGAGAAAAUACGGAAAAAGCAAAAAGGUCUGUCCGUUACUUUUGAUGGAAAGAGAGAAGAUUACUUCCCUGAGUUAAUGAAAUGGGCCUCUGAAAAUGGAGCAUCUGUGGAGGGCUUUGAGACAGUUUACUUCAAAGAAGAGGGCUUUGGUUUGAGAGCAACGAGAGAUAUCAAGGCAGAAGAAUUAUUUUUAUGGGUUCCACGGAAAUUACUAAUGACUGUUGAAUCUGCCAAAAGCUCUAUUCUGGCUGAUGACAAAAAUGCACAAGACUUAAAAGGGCCCCUGUAUUCUCAAGACCGAAUUCUUCAAGCCAUGGGAAAUAUUGCCCUGGCCUUUCACCUGCUGUGUGAGCGAGCCAACCCCAACUCUUUCUGGCAGCCCUAUAUCCAGACCCUCCCCAGCGAGUACGACACACCGCUCUACUUCGACGAAGAUGAGGUUCGCUACCUGCAGUCAACACAAGCAAUCCAUGACGUCUUCAGCCAGUAUAAAAACACAGCACGGCAGUACGCCUACUUCUACAAGGUUAUCCAGACCCAUCCUCAAGCCAGCAAGCUGCCCCUCAAGGACUCCUUCACCUACGAGGACUACAGGUGGGCAGUCUCGUCUGUCAUGACACGACAAAACCAGAUUCCCACAGAGGACGGCUCGCGUGUGACCCUGGCUCUGAUUCCGCUUUGGGACAUGUGCAACCACACCAACGGCCUGAUCACCACGGGCUACAACCUGGAGGACGACCGCUGUGAGUGCGUGGCGCUGCAGGAUUUCCGAGCCGGGGAGCAGAUUUACAUUUUUUAUGGCACGCGGUCAAAUGCAGAAUUUGUGAUCCACAGUGGUUUUUUCUUUGACAAUAAUUCACACGACAGAGUGAAAAUAAAGCUUGGAGUGAGUAAAAGCGACAGGCUCUAUGCCAUGAAGGCCGAAGUCCUGGCUCGCGCUGGCAUCCCAACGUCCAGUGUGUUCGCGUUGCAUUUCACGGAGCCUCCCAUCUCCGCCCAGCUCCUGGCUUUUCUCCGAGUGUUCUGCAUGACCGAAGAGGAGCUGAAGGGGCACUUGCUGGGGGACAGUGCCAUCGACAGGAUCUUCACCUUGGGCAACUCCGAGUUCCCUGUAAGCUGGGACAAUGAGGUCAAACUGUGGACAUUUCUCGAAGACAGAGCCUCCCUUCUGUUGAAAACGUAUAAAACCACAAUUGAGGGAGACAAGGCUGUGUUGAAGAAGCAGGACCUUUCUGUCCGUGCGACCAUGGCCGUCAAGCUGCGUCUUGGCGAGAAGGAGAUUUUGGAGAAAGCGGUGAGGAGCGCAGCCAGCAGCCGCGAGUACUACCGCAAGCAGCUGGAGGCGCAGGCGCCGCUGCCCCGGUACGAGGACAGCAGCCUCGGGGACUCGAGUCUGCCCCUGGUCCUGAGGAACCUCGACGAGGAGGCCGUGGUGCAGGAGGCCUUGAGCAAAGCCCGGGCUGCCGAGAACGGGCUUGUCAACGGCGAGAACUCCGUCUCCAGCGGGAGCCCGCCCGAGCGGGGCAGCCCGAGGCCGGAGCGGAGCCCGAGAGCGGCCGAGGCCCGAGAGCCUUCCCCGGGCGGCCGGGUGGCCGAGCGCAAGCCGUGAGCGUGGCGCCGAGGGACUGGGGCAGCGGGGUCGCGAACGGUCGCCCGUUUCCGUCGCUGUGUUUCCUUGUCAGCAUUUUUCUUUCUGCACAGAGGAAAAUAUGUUUUUGCUGCUUUAUAUAAAAAGAAAAAGAUUUUUUAAGUUAUUUUAAAAAUCUAGCUUCCUGUUCUGAUCGAGGUUGCCAUCUUGCUUCUAGGCAGAACACAGCCAUUCUCGGACAGCCGCCCGUGCGAGUGCCUUCGGGGGCUGGCGGCCCGAGGGGGCCAGCGGAUUUUCUUCCUGGGGAAGAGUCUGGCUCCUCAGCUGUGCCGCCCGCCAGCCCUGGGGGCACGGGGGCACAUGGGGCACAGCGGGACACUGCACCGCCCAGCACGCAGCCGAGGGCCGGAAAUGCUGGCGUGGGCAGAACCCUUUUUUCCUCCUUAAAAAAAUUGAACACCCCGUACCAAAAGAAGAGGUGAAGCGGCAACCUUUAUUUUACUAGUUUUAACUGUGGAUGAUAAUCCUAAUGAUAUGAAUCUAUAUACGCCACAAAGCUUCUAGAGCUUUCUCGAGAUGUGUUUCCCCUGUGUUUUUAUUUGCCGUGCUGUGUCCUUGCUCCUGGAAUCCGCACGGGGGGCACCGAGAGUGAGGCGGCUCCUGGUUCUCUUGGUUUUCACACACGCUAGAGAUUUUCAAAGCUACAAUUUUGAGUAAAAACCGUUAUUAAAAGAAGAAGAUGAUUAA